AUGUCCGACGGUACGCUUUUCAAGCCAGACAAGGACUUCAGCAAGGAUGCGGACAAGAUCCUCCCCGAGGCAGAGUCAUUAGCCAAGGGAGACCUGCAGAGGGGUAUCGACAAAAUCCUCGCGCUCGAGAAACAAGCCAGACAGGCUUCAGAUCUUGCUACAACCUCGAGAUGUCUAGUCGCUAUCGUCACACUAUGUAAACAGGCAGGAGAUUGGAGCCAGAUGAACGAACAAGUACUACUGCUGUCGAAGAAACAUGGACAACUAAAACAAGCCAUCACCAACAUGGUGCAAGUGGUUAUGGGAUUUCUUGAUGACACACCAAAUCUGGAGACAAAGCUCAGUGUUAUCGAGACCCUCCGGACGGUGACUGAGGGCAAGAUCUUCGUGGAAGUCGAGCGGGCCCGAAUCACUCGGAUACUGUCCGACAUCAAGAAAGAGCAGGGUGACAUCAAAUCAGCAUGCGAAAUCCUCUGCGAACUACAAGUCGAGACGUUCGGAUCUAUGACGAGACGAGAGAAGACAGAGUUCAUUCUCCAACAAGUGGACCUAUGCAUACAAAACGAUGACUGGACCCAAGCAAGCAUUCUAAGCCGGAAGAUCAGCACGAGAUACUUCGCCCGGAAACCCAAGAAGACGCCGGAACAGCUCGAAAAGGAGAAGAAAGCGCGAGAGGAGACAGAGAAGAAACGAAAAGCCGGGGAAGAAGUUGCCCCAGAAGAGAAGGAAGACGACGUUACGGAUCUGAAACUACGCUUCUACGAGCAACAAAUCACGCUGGCCAAGCACGAAGAUAAAUACCUCGAAGUGUGCAAGCACUACCGACAAGUUCUUGACACGGAGUCAGUAGAGAACAACCCAGAACAACUACGCGCGGUGCUCCAGCGGGUGAUCUACUUCGUGCUGCUGGCGCCGUAUGAUAAUGAACAAUCAGACCUCCUCCACCGGAUAUACCAGGACAGUCGAAACAGCGAGGUUCCCAAGGACGCAGCCCUCCUGAAACAGUUUACCAUUUCCGAACUCAUGCGCUGGCCCAUGGUCGAGCAGCAGUACGGCGAACACCUCUGCUCAACGGACAUCUUCUCCAAGACAGCAGACACGAGCGAUCCGAAGGCGCAUACGAGGUAUGAAGCCUUGCGUCAUCGUGUCAUUGAGCAUAAUGUGCGUGUUGUGGCCAAGUACUACACACGCAUCACUUUCCCGCGAUUGACUGAGUUGCUGGACCUGUCGGAGGAAGAGACGGAGAAGUACAUCAGCGACCUUGUCACAAAGAAGACGGUUUACGCGCGCAUCGAUCGACCGGCCAGAGUGGUCAGUUUCGAAGUCAAGCGUGGACCGGACGAGGUGCUGGAUGAAUGGAGCAGUAGUAUGAAGGGCCUGCUGGGACUGUUGGAGCGCGUGGGGCACCUCAUGCAAAGAGAGGAGAUGAUGGCGCGCAUUCAACCAAAGGAAGAAAGCGGUAGGAAAGCCAAAGCUUAG